UGUGUGUUUCGUCAACUGCAGAUAAACAUGGAGACUGGCAGGCGCUUUUACCCCUACAUUGUGGUGGGGUGUGGUGGGGUUGGCAGUGCGGCAGUUUACUGGUUGUCCCGUCGGGCAGGUUCAGAUGUUCUAGGUCUGGAACAGUUUGAACUUGGUCACAGUAAUGGAGGCUCUCAAGAUCACUCCAGAAUAAUUCGUUUAGCCUACCACGAUGACCGUUACACCAAAAUAACACCAGACACAUUCAAAGCCUGGCAAGAAGUGGAGCAGGAGUCAGGAAUCCAAUUAGUAUAUAUGACCGGCGGAGUUCAGUUUGCGAAGCGGCAAGAGAUGGGCAAAGUUAUCGACGAAUACGCUAAAGCUAUGGAUGCCAAUAAUAUAAAAUAUGACCGUAUGAAGGGUUCAGCUUUGCGGAAACGUUUCCCGCAGUUUGAGAUAGAUGACAGUUAUGAGGCAGUGUACCAGCCUGAGGCAGGCCUCGUAGAUGCAGCUAUGGCUAACGCAGUGCAUAUUCAACUGGCAAGAGGGAGGGGAGCACGUAUAAUUGAUAACUGUCCUGUGAAAGGCGUGGAACGCGCCAAAGACGGUAAAAUUACUGUACACACGACCAAGGGAGUAUUCCAAUGUAACCGUCUGGUGGUGGCUCCGGGAGCUUGGAUCAAUCAUGUGCUUGGAUCUGUUGGCGUUCAUAUCCCCAUCUACGUCACUCAAGAACAAGUGACCUACUUUGCAACUCCAAACGUCAAAGAGUUCACCAAAGAAAGAUACCCUAUUUGGAUUUACCAUUCACCAAAGUACGACUUCUAUGGAUUACCCAUACAUGGUAACUCGGGUAGCAAGAUCGGGAUAGAUGCUGGCGGUCCGGUUGUCACGGCCGACACUCGAACCUUUGAGCCAGACCAAAUUAGAGAGAAGGCCUGCAUAGAACAUCUACAGAGAACCAUACCAAAGUCUCUUGGUCCCUUGAUGUAUACGAAGACAUGUCUGUACACCAUGCCCCCAGACCGACACUUUGUUAUCGAUACAUGCGCCAAGACGGGAUGGGAUGACGUCAUAAUUUGCUGCGGCGCCGGACAUGUGUACAAAUUCGCGUGUCUCGUUGGAAAGAUUCUGACGGAAAUGGCUGUGGAUGGGAAGACGCAGUAUGAUAUAUCCCGAUUUAACCUGGAUCGGGAAGCCCUGACGGAUCCAAACUGGAACCCAGUAUUAUUUAUGGGAACUGGUGGGAAGGUUCCAACUUCGUCUGACAAUAAACCAUCAAAGCUCUAAUUAUUAUGUUGACUGCAUGUGCUAUUUCAAGGAUACGAAGAGAAUUAUCGUUAAUAUUUAUUAAUGUGUCAAUCUCGGUUUAUAGUAUUCAAGAGAGACAAUAAGAUUAUAAACGAUAUUGUUGAUAAAUAUACUAUACAUACGUGUAGAAAUAAACGCUGACAUGUUUUUCGUAAUGAAUAAAUGGUUAGUUUUGCCUAAUGUAUAUAAUUCAGAAUUUUUUCUUAUGUGCUAUUUUCUACAAGACACUAUCACAAGUGGAUUUGAAAUGAGAGUAAAAUUUAUUUCGAC